AUGGAUAACAAUAUAAGCAGCCAUAUCGAUAUGUCGAAGCUGACCGAAUCGACGAAAGGACUUUUGACCACGUUUGAAAACGCUAAUGCUAGCGUUAUGGCUACGGCACUAUAUUCUGGAAAAUUUAAAAAACUAAAUGAACCUGUUCGACUCGUUGAAUGUGAAACGCAAGCAAGUGCAGAAUCCGCCUCCAUCAGUCCCAACGGAAUGCACGAUUUGUCCGAGGAGGACAUGUCCGAAUUUUCCUCGAACGAAAGCGAUGGAUUUGAUGAGCUGGAUCUCAGGAAUCCCGGACACACGAACAAGAACGAGGAAGAUUCUUCGGAUCCAAAUCAAAGCAGUUCAAGCUGUGGCACUCUGCUCCCAGUGAUGCCGGUGCUUAAUCUCUCCGGCACAAAGCUGGGUAUAGGAGGAUCCGGUGUAAAUGGUACUGGUGCGGUGGUGCGUAAAAUGUUUACGAACACCAGGGAACGUUGGCGACAGCAAAACGUGUCCGGUGCAUUUGCAGAGCUGCGAAAACUUGUCCCAACUCAUCCACCGGACAAGAAGUUGUCGAAAAAUGAAAUUCUUCGCAUGGCGAUCCGGUACAUACGACUUCUUUCGAACGUACUCGAAUGGCAGAAAAAACAGGAAUCUUCCGAUCGAGCACCGUUUAAGCAGCAUCAUCAAAUUUCUCUCCAAACGCAGCAACACCAAAGCUCCAACAACGAGAAUCAUUUCUCUGGAAACUACAGAGAAAAUGGAACCAACCUCUUGAUGAUUGUAGGUCCGAAACAUUUUUCCAAAACUUCGAGCGCACGUGCUAUUAAAAUGGAAUCAAAAGUGGUUGAGUGUGGAGAAGGUGAGAAAACAAACACCGGAACCAAACCAUCCCCGUCGGGGAGAGUAGUAAAAUCUAGUACGUUCGGUGGAACAAAACACCGUCGCAAAACUACAAACAAUACAUCCCAAUAUGCAGGUGCAUCUUCGAAUGGGUCCAACAGUAUCGUCGGCAACGUACGGCCCGGUUUGCAUGUUAAGUCCAAUCUUAUGCUUAUGUCCCAGCCAUAUGAAAUUAUGCCGGCAAUGAUUGAGAGUGAAAUAAAACGGGAAUUAAACCUCCACGGCCAAUGUUACCGUCCGGACGGAGGGCAAGAAUGUGCGAGAGGUGAAACCAGUGUGUUGAAUAGGUCGAACGAAAAAGGAUGCGACAAACGUGAAAGGUCAGCCUAA